UUUGCAUCUCUCUUGAUCGCGCCGUGCGUAAUUCAGCCCACGGCCGACCCGCGCAGACGUGCUGCGCCGUUGCCAUGGGGAAGAACAGGAAGAACAGAUCGAGUCGCGGCAUUGCCGCCGCCAUGGCGACCCUUGCAACUACCAGCGGCGAGGGCGAAGCUGUCGGUGUUCUCGAAAGCGCCCAGACCGUCGCCGGAAACGCGGCCGCCGACUCGCUUGAAUCUCCGCCGACAUCCAAAGAAUCCGCUGGUAGUCUCAAAAGGGCGAGCCCUCACGAUGCCAACGACGACGAAGACGACGGAUGGCAGACAAUCGAGCGCGGUCGACCGGUGAAGAAGCACAAGAAAGUUCCUGGCCCCGGGUCGAGCCGGUACCCGGGCAUCCACUUCUCACAUCAUGCAAGGCUUCAGUCAAAGAUUGGUGUCUCGUCGCUUCGUGACCUUAUUCUGUACAUCUUUGCCGACGGUCCGGCUCCUCAAUGGGUCUCGGUCAAGCACCGGCCAGAGUUCAGGAAGAUCGUCACCAUCAUGGUGCCCGGUCUCGAAGAAGCCAUGUUCAAGAAGGGCGUCGACUUCUCCAGCUACAGCAAUCUCACGCCAGAUCAAGCGAUCGACCGGGUUGCCACCUCUCCAGAUGACUACUAUCCUCGCGAGCUCAAGAAGGAGGCCCUGCCCGAAGCGCUACAACUGUUCGCGGACAUGUUCCCCCAUCUCUGGCCAGUGAAGGCACCAGGCGAUGACAAGUACGCCAAGCUACAUUCUCCCGUGCAGUCUAUGCUCACCGUCCCUCUCAAUAAGGACAAAAAGAGCGGAGUGAAGCCGGUUGUCGACCCUCAAGGUUGGAAAGAUGUGAGGACGAGGAUCACGGAAUUCUUGGCGACGCCAGAGGAGCUGAUGGAGAAUGGCUUCCCGAAACACCCGGCCAUGCUCCAGGGGCAACAGAAGGAGACUUUCAAGGACCCAGACGGCUGGGUGCAUACAAGAGUCGAUAAUCUCGAAGAUGGCGAUGUUCCCGAGGCUGAGAUCGAGCAGGGCAGCAUCACGGCGGGCCGGCGGGUUUUGGCUCUCGAUUGCGAAAUGUGCAUGACAGGAGAGAGCGAGUAUUCUCUCACUAGGAUAAGCUUGGUAUCCUGGGACGGCGAGGUUGUCCUUGACGAGCUUGUCAAGCCAGACAAGCCCAUCGUCGACUACGUGACUCGGUUUUCCGGCAUCACCAAGGAGAUGCUCGACCCCGUCACCACUACCUUGGGAGAUAUCCAGGCGCGGCUGCUCGACAUACUCGACCCGCGCACAAUCCUUGUAGGCCACUCGCUCGAGUCGGACCUGAAGGCGAUACGGCUGGCUCAUCCUUUCAUCGUCGACACCUCCAUUCUCUUCCCCCACCCCCGCGGUCCCCCGCUCAAGUCCUCUCUCAAGUACCUGGCCCUCAAGUACCUCAACCGUGAGGUCCAGAAGGGCGGUGGGACGGUCCACGGGCACGACAGCAUCGAGGAUGCCAAGACCUGUCUGGACUUGGUCAAGAAGAAGUGCGAGAAAGGCAAGGCCUGGGCGUCCGGCGACGUGCAGGGCGAGAAUCUCUUCAAGCGCCUUGCCCGCGCCGGGACCGCCUACCGCGCGACGGCCGGGCCCGAAGCCACCGGGGGUCUCCCGGUAGGCAAGACCAGCGCGGCGAUCGACUGGGGCGACGCCACCAGGAGCGCCUGCAACGCCGCGACGGUGACCAUAUCGUGCAACUCGGACGCCGAGGUCGAGGCGGGCGUUAUCCGCGCCGUCAAGGGCGACCCGGACGGCCUCGAGGUCCCCGGCGGCGGCGUCGACUUCGUCUGGGCACGCAUGCGCGAGCUCGAGGCCCUGCAGGGGUGGUGGAACCGCAACAAGCUGUCCCCCGACGCGUCCGCCGCCAGCGGGCCCCCGCCCCUCCCGACCGGCGAGGGAGGGGAGACCAUGACGCUCGAAGAAUGUCUCGCCGGCCUCGCCCGGCGCCUCAAGCGCAUCCACGACGCCCUCCCGCCCUGCACGGCGCUCAUCGUCUUCAGCGGCACCGGCGACCCGCGCGAGAUGAGCCGGCUGCAGGCGGUGCAGGCGCAGUUCCGCCGCGAGUACAACACGCCCGGGUCCAAGUGGGACCAGCUGAGCGUGCAGUGGACCGACAAGGAGGACCAGGCGCUGCGGCGGGCCGUGCGCGCCGCCCGCUGCGGCAUCGGCUUCAUCGGCGUCAAAUAGGGCUGGCGGCCACCCGCGUGGUUCGAGUACCGGCUGUGGCGGGCUAGGGUGUGGUCGCGGUGGUCUCGAAUUGCGCUGCGCGGGUGGGCUGGGAGGCUGCUGCGUUACUUUUAGAACAGAAAAAGA